UUUUUGAAAUUCAAAAUUUCAAAAUUAUUUGGUCUCUCAAAACCCUUUCUCUUAUAUAAUCUCCGAAAAUAUGUGCUUAUUUCUCUCCUUCUGUCUCUUCCUCUCUGUUCGUCUGCUCAAGGCCACUCUGGUUCUCUCCCCUCCUUCCUCUGCAGACUCCAGACAUCGUCAGGAAACGAGUAGAUGGCUUUGCCAAAUCAGCAGACGGUUGAUUAUCCCAGUUUCAAGCUUGUUCUUGUUGGUGACGGUGGAACAGGGAAAACAACAUUUGUAAAAAGACAUGUUACUGGUGAAUUUGAGAAGAAAUAUGAACCAACCAUCGGUGUGGAAGUUCAUCCUUUGGACUUCUUCACAAACUGUGGAAAAAUUCGAUUUUAUUGUUGGGACACAGCUGGGCAGGAGAAAUUUGGUGGACUUAGAGAUGGAUAUUACAUCCAUGGGCAAUGCGCCAUUAUCAUGUUUGAUGUUACUGCUCGAUUGACUUACAAGAAUGUACCAACAUGGCAUCGGGAUCUUUGCCGGGUCUGUGAAAACAUCCCAAUUGUUCUAUGUGGGAACAAGGUCGAUGUCAAAAACAGGCAGGUGAAGGCAAAACAGGUUACCUUCCACAGGAAAAAGAAUUUGCAAUACUAUGAGAUAUCAGCGAAAAGCAAUUAUAAUUUUGAGAAGCCUUUUCUGUACCUUGCCCGGAAACUUGCUGGGGAUGCUAAUCUUCAUUUUGUGGAAACACCUGCCCUGGCUCCUCCUGAAGUGCAAAUUGACUUGGUUGCCCAGCAACAGCAUGAGGCUGAGCUCGUUCAAGCUGCCAACCAGCCCCUUCCUGAUGAUGAUGAUGAGGCAUUCGAAUAGAUGGGGAGUUCAUUUUGUUGUGUGCUCUCCUAGUUGUGUUUGCAUCGUGUUUCUUUGUUGUGCGCCUGGCAUUUCAAAUUUUAUCCCCCACAUGAAUUUGCUUUAGCAAAUGGCAGUGGGGGGACUGGCUUAGGACUUGAAUUAUAGUAUGAAGGUUUGAACAAUUGUUCAAUCUGUGAUAGUUGGUCUAUAGAAGAGUGUAAUUUUAUGUCUUAUAUUUACAGACUUGCGCCAUUUACUAGUGUAGAGCAACUGCUUCAGCGUAUUGCUGGUUUUAUACUAUGAUGCCCCCAUGUUGUGUA